AUGGCACAGGAACAGCAACGAAAGAAGAAAAUCGUGUCUAUCGCGCUGCUGGUGGCGGACACGCCGCCUCCGCCAGUUGUAGCAGUUCGAGGUGAUUACACCAAGAUCUAUCCACGCUUCCUUCAGGAGUCGCUGAACACGAUCAAGCGCCAUUCAUGGCAGCCACCGGUCGAGCUGCAUAUUAGAUGCUACGAUGUCGUCAAGAAGAUGGAGUAUCCAGAUGAAGGACAGCUCGGUGAUGGGCUGUGGGAUGCCGUGAUGAUCACCGGUAGCGCCUCGUCAGCGUACCUUGAUUUGGAGUGGACAAAGAAGUUGGCAGCCUUCUUGCGGUCGACGGCCGAGAACCACCCUUUGGUUCGUCUCAUCGGUAUCUGCUACGGUCAUCAAAUUCUUGCGCGUGCUUUCGACGGCGUAGUGACGUCCAAUCCCAAAGGUUGGGAGCUGGGUACUACCUCGUGCACGCUCACUGAACAUGGACGCGAGCUGCUUGGCUACAACGACCCUUCCGACGGCGACCACAUGGCCAUCCAGCAAGUUCACAAAGACCAUGUCGUAGAUCUUCCACCCGACUUUGGUGGCGAGAGAUUUGAAAACCUGGCAUCGACUCAAGUCUCGCCCAUCCAAUCGCUCAUUCUCAAAUACCCAACAGAAGCACCGCCACUCGCUUCAGCCGCACAGACGUCCGCUUACAUGGCGUUUGACAUUGAAGACUCUGAAACCGCUUCGUCCGGCCCGCAUCCCUUGCGCUCUCUCCAUGUGCUGACAUUCCAGGGACACCCCGAGUUCGACCGCGAGAUUGUCGAGAACAUCAUCGAGGUCCGUACCGAGAUGGGCAUCGUCACUGGCGAGCUUAGGGAACGCUCGCUGAUCAAUGCCAAAAAACCUCACGAUGGGCUCAAACUUGGACGUGCGAUUCUCGCUAUGCUCGGCGUAGAAGAGGCCCGUGCCGAUACAGGCGAUGAGAUGGUGAACGUCUAG